UUCUAGGGAUCACUAGAAGCUUGCUUCCUCUUUUACAAGUUAAUUGAAGAAGAAGAAAAGAAGAAGAAGAAGAGGAUUUCCCGAUUUCUCUGUCUUCUCCUUUUGAGGUUUCUUGCUACUCAAAAUCAUCUGUAAUCUCUAAUCCAUUGUGAAUGGCGACCGAAUCCAAGGUAGCGGCUGAAGAAACCAAAAUUGACUUGUUCGAAGACGAUGACGAAUUUGAGGAAUUUGAGAUUGAUCAAGAGUGGGACAAUAAGGAGGAAGCAACAGAGAUAUCUCAGCAGUGGGAAGAUGAUUGGGACGAUGAUGAUGUCAAUGACGAUUUCUCUCUGCAGCUCAGGAGAGAACUGGAGAAUACCAAUGCAGAGAAGAAAUGAAGGUCAGUCUUUCAGUUUCACUUACGGUUGAUUGGUUAAACCUUCUUUGUAUGAACUUGCGAUGAACUGUUUAGUUUCUUAAGUAAACGAUGAUUUGCAUAAAUAAAUGAAAUCUGGUAUACAUA